AUGUCAAACAGUGAAGUAUUUGCUCUUCUCAUUCAAGCUCAGGAUGCCUUUGGUGCUCGACUUGGAUUGCCAGAUACAGAUGGUUUAAGUUUGACAAAUAUUUCAAGAGAAAAUUGGUCGAUACCAGCAAGCACUUUGAUACAAGUGCCAGAAGAAUCAGAUGAAUUUCGAAGAGUUGCUGCUGAUUUCGAUGGGAAAGCAUCAUCAAUUGUUCGUAUUGAUCGAAUUGAAAAUGCAAUAUGGUUAAUGCAAUAUCUAAAUCAGAAACAGAUAGUUGAUGCUCGACUUGGAUAUGAUGAGACGGAAAAACUAUUAUUUCAUGGUUGUCCAUAUGCAGCAGCUGAACAAAUUCUUCAACAAGCAUUUGACCAUAGUCGUAUCGGAAGAAAUGGUACUUAUUUUGGUCAUGGAUUUUAUUUUUCAACAAGUCGACAAGUUAGUGAUCGAUAUGCAGUACCAAAUCCUUCUACAGGUGAAAAAAGAAUACUCAUGUGUCGUGUAUUGGUUGGUCGAAGUUGUGAAGGUAACUCAACAAUGAGAAUAUGUCCGUCAAAUUACGAUUCAACAACAGGUGCAUCAAACACUUAUGUGGUUUAUUCUAAUCGACAUGUCUUACCAGAAUAUCUCAUUACAUAUAAAUAA